AUGGUGCCUGUAUCCAUAGAAGGCUGUGCCCAAGGCACAGAGGGUGGCGGCGCCCGUGGAGGUUCUAUUUCACUUGGAUUGUUGAUAGAUUUCAUAGUUCAAAGGACUUAUGAUGAGCUUACCGUAUUGGCAGAGUUGUUGCCACGCAAAACAGACAUGGAAAGAAAAAUUGAAAUCUACAAGUUUAGUGCUCGUACUCGGCAGCUCUUUGUUCGUUUACUGGCUCUAGUAAAAUGGGCAAGUAGUGCUACAAAAGUUGACCGUUCAGCACAUAUAAUGGCGUUUUUAGACAAGCAAGCUCUGCUAUUUGUGGAAACUGCUGAUGUCCUAGCUCGUGUAGCUAGAGAAACACUGGUGCAUGCAAGGUUACCAACAUUUCACAUGGCUGCAGCUGUAGAGGUGCUGACAUUGGGUACAUAUAGUCGCUUACCAGCUGUAAUCCGUGAAAGACUUGUACCACCACCGUCUCUCACUGCAGGGGAAAGAAGGUCUACUUUGAGAGCUCUAGCACAUAUCGUCAGACAGAGACUUACUACAGCUUCAUUACCGAAUGAUGUUAGAAACCUUAAGGUUGAGAAUGGAAGAGCAACAUUCACAGUAGGUCAAGAAUUUAGUGUUUCUCUAACAGUAAUGGGAGAUGGACCAAAUGUGCCUUGGCGGUUAUUGGAUAUUGCUAUUCUUGUUCAAGACAGUGAAACUGGUGAAGGUAAACCCUUAGUACAUAGUUCACAAUUAACUUGGCUUCGCGGUGUGGCCCAAGCACGACUAGCUGCAGCUGGCUUAAAUGGAGCCCUGACAGCUCUGCGAUUCUUUUGUAGAUCAUUAUCUCUUGAACUCUUGUACACUCAGACUUUACGAUUGUGUCGAGAUCGUCUAGCGCGACAUUUACAAGUGGACAAAUAUAUUCCUGGGCAAAAGUUACAAGUUUCUUAUUGGAGGGAACUCGGAUGUGAACUCGGUUACCGCUUGAUAAUUGGUGCAGAAGGUGAAAAUUUAUGCGUCUGGCACGUACCGGCACUGGCUGGAGGUGAACGUGUUGCAGCUGCUCUUACUCCGCACGCACCCUCCAUGGAACGCUUACUAGCACACACCGUACACGUCCGUUCUAGACAACGAUUGAAUGACCUUAAGGUUCUGCUCAAUGACUUGGGGGUAGAAUGUACUGUGGGCGGCUGGCCGUGUGUGCUAGCAUGUUCUGUGGUAUCUCCGUGCUUACGCGCCGAGCAGCUUCUAGUAUCUGUGGGCGCACACGGCGGGAAAUUGCGGGCUCGCGUACCCGCCUACCCAGCCACGCCCAAAAUGAACGAGCUCGCUGCUGUAUUGGCCGCCGCUGAUUUAAAAGCUCUACGAGGGCUGCUGACACAGCUCAGAUUCUGGUUAGUGGCGCGACGUUGUGAGAAGACACUUCAGCAUUUACCGGCUAGUGUCUGCGAACACUUGCCGUUCCUUCACGGCCCAGACCAUCCGCUUACCAAACUAUCGUCAGAUCGGCUCUAUGUAAUCUUGCAUCGUCACUCGGACCACAUACUGGUGGUGGAAAUGAAGGAGGUGGCUUCAGGCAGUACAGCAACUACGAGUACAAGCACGAACAGCGGCAGUGCAUGCAGCGUAGCGCUUUCUUUCCAUCUCGCCGGAGCUCGCCGUUGCACUCCCGAAGAGUGUGAAGAUGAGUCAUCUGCGACGAGUGCUUCUCCGUCGGUCGCAAGAGCCUACUUGAAAAUCCACUCCGUUGUUGAACUCGACACUUUUACCUUGACACAUGGACCAUUCACGCCGUUAGACACGCCAGGCAUGCAACCGGGAAAACGGAAACUGGCGUCAAGCGGGAAUCGGGCUGUGCGCGUGCGCCAACCGGCAUAUUUCUUGCCAGAACUCGCCCACGUCGUGGCCGCUGCUGAUGAGAGGGUGCCAUUCGUUAAUCUUGCGCAAGAGCUCUCAAACCGUGGUGUAACCCACGGUGGCGUUCAGCCAGAAUGGAGUGGUUCUGCCCUCGGAAUGCGUAUAGUGUCUCUGCCUAAACCGGAAGGUGCGCCAGUACACGCGGUUGCUGCGUUACGGUCACGACUUUUAGCCGCAACUAUACGCCUCACUACCAAGAACCAUGCCCGCGUCUGGACUGCAGAGAUUGUGUUUCACGGGUCACCCAUUCGGACUCCAAAUCCGAAGGAACAAGGUGAACGUCGCUGUGUAUAUCUUCAAUAUGAACUCGGAACCGACGCUGGUCGCACCGCUGACGCCUUCCUAGCUGAUUGGGCAGCCAUUGUCCACAUACACACGUUGCUGCAUGAUUUCAUGCUGAGACCUGCGCAAGAACGCGAAACGUUGUGGCAGGGCGUAGGUAUCAGAUCGUACACGUAUCGAUCCCUGGUCCUGGGUUUCGGUCCAGGGCAGCGCGCGACCGCUGUGCUGCAAUGGAAUGCGCCGACGCAACGGUACACGGUGGCCACACCUGCGCACCAGCACGCAGCCAAUGCGCAUCAUCUGAUGCAUCACCAUCUCGAAAAUUAUAUCAAUUGGAACAAGGACUUGUUAUCCCUUGGUGUCGUUCUACGGGAGACUUACGCACCACUACUCUCGCUAAGCCGGCUUCCCACUCUGCCCCAGCUGGGUUUGCAUCAUGUUCGGACGCUUAUGCCAACGCCAACAUUCACAUUGCUGGCACAUUCCUGGAGAAAGAUCCGAAUCAUUUACGCCGGCGCAUACUCACUAGAAGUCGGCAUUCGAGGUGGUAACGUAGUGACGAUACGAGAUGGCGCUUAUUCCAAAUUCGACCGGAGUCCCGCUGUGGAGGAGUUUGCUCCGGCCCAAGGUUUAAAGGCAUUUUUAUCGCGAUACGUGGAAGAUAACAUCAGCGCAAGACUUCUUGCGGAAGAAGACAACCCUCUAUCGCCGAUGUCACCUAUGCCACCAGGUGGACUUCGAUUCCAACCGCCGUUGACUCCGCCACAGCCACAUACACCACAUUCGGCGCCUGUUACACCACACCCAGCUUCGCCCGCACAACACCAGCAGAUGGGAGGCGGUUCGUUCAACUUGACGUCUCCGCCGGGUGGCGCUGGUGGUGCGGGUGUGGGUGCGUCCCCUGCCUCCCCUCUAGCCCCGUCGCCCCUCGCGCCGGCUGCUUCCCCACACCAACCUCCGACAUCGCCUUUCACUACUUGGCCGGCUUCACCCUCGCUACCGAGGCCUUCUCCUGGACACCACCCAUCGCCAAGACAUCAUAUCGAUCAUAAAGGACCCCAAGCAAGUUCGUCCAACACAGCUGGUGGGCGGAGUCGGCCGUGGGCUGGGGCUAUGGCGACACCAAUGGCUGUCAGCAAAUUGGAGGCGCUAUGCACGCCGUGUGAACCACCUCCCGGAGCGCCACCCGGGCCUGCGCUUGCACCGCUGCAACGGUUCCUGGCCUGUGUAUAUAUGAAGCGUGCGUUACAGAGGGUUAUUCAACAGGAAGAGUUUCUGUCACUGGUAUCCGUGGAUGCAACGAGUGUGACUUUUUGCUGCGAGACGGCGUGCAUGGUGGCGCGAGUCGCUCUGCACCCACAGCAUAUGCAGUCGCUACACUUGCACCUGACACCGCAGCCAGAUAAUAAGGAUAACUGGACCGCAGAAGACUUGCAGGUGAUGGAGAAGUUCUUCGAGCAGCGAGUGGCUAUAGCUCCAUAUCGUGCGACGGCUUUGCAAGGUUGGGGCCGAGUGUGGGGUGCGCCCCCCGCUGCCUUACCCUCUCUGGUGGCGUUGAUGCGUGCUGAACUUGUACCCAUCUCACCGGCGCUGUGGCAGUUGCAAUGGGCCUUACGCAUACCACCUCACGGACCACAGAUAGUCCCAGCUGGACAACCGGCCGUGUUGCUAGCGAAACACAAAAUAUUAUUCUUUAUAUGCUUGACCCGUGGCGACACUCAGCUGGUUCUGCCUUUGGUGUACGACGUUCAAUCCAACGCGAUGCAAAUCGCCGAGCGGCGUGACACGCAGCAGCCCCACCUGAGCGCUGUCAACCUGCAUCUCAAACGGUUUGCUGAGUUCCACCAACCUCACGGUGAGUGUAUCUUAUGGCCGGUGGUGCGUGACCUGAUCAUCAACUUCUCACUGCCGCAGGAUGCCCCACCGCCCCCCGCUCCGCCGCCCUCCUAG